GCACCAGACUCCUGCUCCAGGCUCCUGCUCCAGCUCUCACUGAAGGCAGCCUCCAUCCCCUUCCCCUGUCCCUUCUCCUCCUCAACUCCCCCCCCACAUCCAUCCAGGGCGCACCCCAACCCAUCACCUCAACCUCCUGCCCGUAGCAUGGGCCAGGCAUGUUGGCCAGCAAAGGGCUCCGACCGGAGGAGUAUGUGCUGCGUUUGGCAGAGGACGUGUCGCGGCCCGUCUACAAGGAGAGGCGACGCAAGGCUCGCUUCGUAGCCAAGAACGGCACCUGCAAUGUGGCGCACACCAACAUCCGCGAGCAGGGGCGCUUCCUGCAGGACGUCUUCACCACCCUGGUGGACUUCAAGUGGCCCUAUACCUUGGUGGUGUUCACCAUGAGCUUCCUGUGCAGUUGGCUCCUCUUCGCCAUGAUCUGGUGGCUCAUCGCCUUCGCCCACGGCGACCUGCACAGCAAGCCGAGCGACCAGUCCGCCCCCGUGCCCUGCAUCACCAGCAUCCACUCCUUCGCCUCCGCCUUCCUCUUCUCCAUCGAGGUCCAGGUGACCAUAGGCUUCGGGGGCCGCAUGAUCACCGAGGAGUGUCCCAGCGCCAUCACCGUGCUCAUCGUCCAGAACAUCGUGGGGCUGGUCAUCAAUGCCAUCAUGCUGGGCUGCAUCUUCAUGAAGACCUCGCAAGCCCACCGGCGAGCCGAGACCCUCAUCUUCAGCAAGUACGCCGUCAUCGCUCCCAGGGACAACCAUCUGUGCUUCAUGUUCAGGGUGGGUGACCUCAGGAAGAGCAUGAUUAUCAGCGCCAGCAUCCGCAUGCAGGUGGUCUGCAAGACCGAGACCACCGAGGGUGAGGUCCAGCCCCUCCACCAGAUUGACAUCCGCAUGGACAACUCGGUGGACACCAAUGGCAUCUUCCUGGUGUCGCCGCUGGUCAUCUCGCACAUCAUCGACAAGGACAGUCCCCUGUACGAAGUGACGCCCAGCGAUCUCCAGCGCCAGGAGCUAGAAGUCAUCGUGGUCCUGGAGGGGGUGGUGGAGACCACAGGCAUCACCACCCAAGCCAGGACCUCCUACCUGUCCGACGAGAUUCUCUGGGGCCAUCGUUUCGUGCCAGUGGUGACGGAGGAAGAGGGCAGGUACUCGGUGGAUUACUCCAAGUUUGGAAACACGGUCAAGGUGCCCACCCCGAACUUUAGCGCACAGAGCCUGGAAUCUGAGGGUCUCACACUCAGGGCACCCGUCUUUGAGUUGCUGUCAAACCGGGGCUCGAUGAGAAGGCGACCCGUCUCUCCCAAGGCGACCUUCGAAUGACAAAUGGCUUCCAGGACACGUGAAAACCACACGGAAGUCUUACACCUACCCAAGGAGGAGGUACACCCAGCGCAUGAGUUUGUGCCCAAAUGGUUCACAAACUCACCGUUGCUUUCUCUUGUGUAAUUCAAAAACAUCUGCUGCAUGUCAGAUCGCUAUUCGGAAAAAGCUCGCGUAAUUUAACUGUUUGUAUCAGCAAAUAAAACUGCAGGCCAUUUAUUAACAA